UGUCUGGCAGGAGACUGCUAGGCUCAUUACAAAGAUAAAGUGAGUAUGAGAAGAGCCACAGUCGUGGACUUAAAAUGAAACCUCACUGAUUAUAAAACGAGUUUUGUUCCUGCCAAGCGAUGGAGUGGAAAGUGCUGGGAGGAGAUAGGAUCCAUGACAAUUGGACUACAUUCCCCGGCAGUCUUCGCGCUGCCCCGCCGGCCUUCCCCUACCUGCGGCAUGCAGGUUAUCGAUGCGACUUCCUUAGGUUGGGGCACCCGAGUGAAAGGUUUCAUUGCGUGUUUUGCGAUCGGAUGCCUGUGUUCGAUCUUGGGUAGUUGUCUGCUAUGGAUACCAAAGAAAGGGCUGGUACUCUUUGCUGUGUUUUAUACUCUGGGGAAUAUUGCAUCCAUUGGGAGCACCAUGUUUCUUAUGGGACCAAUGAAACAAUUGAAGCGGAUGUUUGAGCCUACACGUUUGAUCGCUACUAUUGUUAUGCUACUGUGUCUCGUACUAACACUGUGUUCUGCUUUCUGGUGGCGUAAGGCAGGACUCGCACUGCUUUUCUGCAUCUUACAGUUUUUUGCCAUGGCAUGGUACAGCAUUUCCUUCAUACCAUAUGCAAGGGAUGCUGUGAAGAAAUGUGUUGCAGUCUGUCUGUCCUAACAGGAAUACUGGAUGCCUCACAAAGUUCUAGAAACUGUGUUGGAUCACUGUGCUAUGUAGUUUCCUACUUCUGUCUUGAACACGUGCCUUUCAGCUGCUUGUUAGAAGCUUCUUAUGUUACACCCAGUGUCUGCAGUUGCUUAGGUUUGUAACCAAUGGUGUCUGUGGGACAGGGGGCUUGUGAUCAAAUGAAAUUCAGUCUGGCAGAAGAACUGGGCAGAGGUCCACAAUUUGUUAUGGCGAUUCUUGCAUAAAUUCAUGCAUUUGGUUUUGCAAAAGUUUCAGAGUAAUGUGUGAAAUCUGUAAAGUGAAGCCCUUGGCUCUGCUGGGACUGUGCCAGUUCUAGAGUUGAAACAAGUUGAGAUUUUUUAAAAUAGCCUUAUGUCACUUAAUCUUUGCACUUUUUGCCUUAGAUAAUGGAAUAUUCGUAUUCUUUCUUUUCCUGUCUCUCUUGAAAGAUUUUAGGUUUAUGAGACUUCUAAAAGAUGUAAUUUUAAAACCAAACACAGUUUUGGACUAACCAUGAAAUGUUUGCAUCUUUAAUGAAAUAUUUAAUUCUCAGUCCAUACUGAUAGUCUUUCCUUAAAAUACAUGAAAGGGACAUUUUCAUCUGAAAAAUCUUGUUCCUGUUGGAAAAGCACUCGUAAAAUAAGGUCCAUUGAUGUUUUCAGCUACCAGAAACCUGAGUUCUUUUCCUUGCUCAGGGUUGCAAGGGAGGAAGUUGACAUUUUUCAGAUGAAGUGAGGUGCUUCUCUUCUCCUCCAUAAGAGCAAUGCAAAGGGCAUGGUAGGCAAGCAGUAAAAUAAUUUAUGUAUGUCCUUUCUCAAAGGACAAACUGUCAUAAGGUAGAAGUGGGCUAUUGUUUUUAAGCAGCCUGGGUCAGGGAGAAGACAUUUUCAUCUGAACUUAUAAAUAAGUUAAAACUCCAACAUUUCUCUUUGUUUCUUUGUAAGUGGAAUCAGUUUUCUUUCUGCUAAAACUCUUGCAUACACCAGUGAACUUCUCUGCAUGGAGGAGAAAGCACAAUAUUCUGUUGUCUGUGGUAGCAAGGAAAGCGUGAAACAAUCCCUCUGCCAGCUCCAAACAAGUGCUGAGUGGUCUGUAUCCAAAUUCCAAGGCCACUCUGUUCUCUUCAUCUUCUGAGCUAUGUAGAAUCAUUUACUCCCACGGCAUUGCAGUGGUCAGUGUAAUAUCUGAGCACAGAUUCCUGCUUCUGCUGUGUGAGAUAAUAUUUUACUACUUUCCCAUUUCCUCUUACCAAAUUGUCUUGCUGAAGCCAGUGUUUAAGAUUAUGGUUUUCCAGUCCACUCUAGUGGGAACUGAAGCAUCUCUUCCUCAAUCUACUAAGCGUCUAGUUGUUUAAGAGCAUUGUGUUUGCAUGGCAAGUGUAUCUCUGGCUUGUACCACAAAGACUUUAACACAGGAAAAAUCUGAAUCUACUUGGCUGUGAAGUAUAAGCUCACAGUGAAGGCAAAUAGUUCUAUGGCUUCCAGAAAGUUAAUAAGAAAUUACUUAAUCCAACAUCUUAAAUUUAAGUGUCCUUCUGAUAAUUUAUAAAGCCCAGUACCACCCACCUUUAAGGAUCCUCUAAAAAAAAUAAAUUAAAGAUUCCCUUUGUAGAUGGUAUGAAAGGGAGAUUUUGACAAGCAUUCUGUGGAUUCCAGGUGCCAGAAUUACUGUUGCAAAGGCAUUUGAAAGGAAAAUGCCACCUUGGAAAGACAGCACUGGUGUUGGGAUGCAACAGUUAUGCAGAUUCAAGUACUGCAUCCUGGUGCUUUUUUUACCUCCCAGGAUUUAGAAGUUAGUGUUGAAAUAAAUAUGUUGACUAUUACUCUUCUUGAAAAGAUUAUUUGGUUAAAUUCCCAAGAGAGACUGGGAAUUAAAGAAAACUGAUCCUUCUCUUCCCUGGCUGAUCUAAGUGUCUAAACUGAUGUAUCUUUUUUUAUCAGGGACUAAAUUCAAAACCUAAUUUACAUCAGUUAAAGGACCUAUGCCAGUCUUUUCUUAGGACUUUGAUAAUGUUUACAGAAUUCUUUUUGUAUAAGGGAAAUUGAAAUGCAACCCUAAUGCCUUUUACAUUCCCAUAUUCCUUUAAUUUUAGCAUCUCUGAAUGUCCCUGGAAAAAGCUACAAGCACAGUAUCCAUUGUUUCUCCUUCCCCUCUCCAACUAAGUUAUGUUCACUCUCAUCAUUCCAGGUUCAGCAGCCACGAUAACAGAAUUUGACUUUUGGGAUUCUUUUUUUGAUUACUUCAGAUUAGGAGGAGUACAUGCCUUUUGUUUAUUCCUUGGCCAGCUUGGGCAGGUUUCUGGUAGCCUGACUCUCUGGCAGUUCUUCUGGAAGAACAGUACAAUUGGGUAUGGUGAAUAUUAGUUUUUCAACAUGCACUAGUUCUAGCUAACUAGAACCUUUUAGCUGGCACUUGUGAACACAGUCAAUUAGAAGUAGGAAAUUUAUGAAAAUAGCCGUAGAUAGUACAUAAAUGGAUUUUUGUCCUUUCCCCCUUCUCUUCUCAGUUUAAAACUGUAAUUCCAGCUUCACAGCCUUUUAUUCAGGAAGAGAGAAGAACAAAUCUUCAUUUGACUGCACAGCACAUGAGGCUAAGCAAUUGUGCCCUUACAGGAAGGGAACUUAAGGGAAGAUGGCAAGGACACAAGGAUCACAAGAGUGCCACUGGGGUUUAUGUUGCCCUUUUGGUGUUGUAUUCUGUUCCUGGGGACAUCAGACAGUAGGAGAGACUUGCCAUAUUCUUACCAAUAUAUGAAACAUCCUCAGGGUUUGUUGCUUCAUCUACAAGCAGUUUUUAUUUAAAAUAGCUCUCCCAAAACAAAACUCUUUAGAUUCUUACUCACUUUUAAAUAGUUGUAGUGAGGCUGUUGACAAGUUUAUCAGCGAAAGAAAUUUCCCCUUUACUGAAGUACUUUAUUUUAUAUGAUUUUUACAUAACUGGGGAGUAAACUAUAUACAUAUUCCCUCUUGAGUAGUUUUCAGUCUGAAUUAGAUUAUAUCAUUAUACCUUUUUUUUUGGUCAUUAAACCUACUUUGUGUUACGUUUUGAUAUCAGCUUUAGUUAUCUGCUUGGCAGGAAGCAUGGUGGGUAUUUUUGAAGCUUUCCAAUCUCACUGUCCUUGGGGGCAAGAAUGUUUGUUUUGUGCGCUCUACUUGAAUAGAGAGCUUCUGGUUGGAAUGACAAAGCUCCUUCCUUCCCAAACUUGCUCAGUUGCCUACAGCACUUAAGGCUGACUUCCCUAGGGAAACUUCUUUGAUGUUGGGUGCCCAUCUCAGUAGGAUUUGGUGUUCUAACAGAAAGUGCUUUUUCCUCAGCCUGUUGCCCAAUUUGUCCACUUUUUUCACUUUUUGCUGUACAGAUAACAUAACCUCAACCAAGCAGCCUUAGUGUACAGUUCUAGCAGAAAAUUUGUAUAUCCUGGAUCAGCUGACUUUCCAGCUAUAUUCGAAAGGGAAAUAGGGAGGGUGGUAGUCAUCUGUUCCCAAAGUACUGAGACUCUAUACAUUGAAAUAUGGGAUUUUUUGUCACUACUUCAACGUUUUGCUCUGUUUCAUGUGAUGCAGUCCAUUAUGAAUACCAGUACUAUCUGAAAUGGUUCAACACUGAUGAUGAGAACAAUUUAAUCUCAUGUAGUAUUUAUAGUAAUAAGAUGGUGCAUGAGCUGUUACGAAAACCAAGGAAGAAUUUUCUGCCACAAGUUGAAAUUAUUUUCAGAAACCAUGUUUUUAAAAGGAAAGUGUGUUGAGCUCUGCGUGCCUCCAGCUUCCUUAAAACAGCUCUUCCUUCGUUUUGGUACUUAAUCACGUUCUUGAAAGUGAGAUCACUGUGCUAUUUUAAACUGAGGAAGAGGAGGAUUUUUAAACAUGUUUGUCUUAAAUAUUAAUGUUUACAACCGUAGCAAAUGAUGACCAUUUUGGAGGGAAAGCACACAAAUAGUUUAUUGUCUUAAAACCAUGUGCCUCGCUGUGACUAAAUUUUUUACCAGCUGUGGAAUUGUUUUGUAAAAUAUAAACCAAACUCAGAAAAAUUCUUUGCAAUGUUUUAUACUGUUACAGGUUGUGUUUGCUGAUGUGCUUUUUCUAUGCAUUUACACUGUUUGAUUUCUACUUUGAUUAAUGUCUUUUUUCUGACAACUUUCUCUGUAAUGAAGUGAAACCCUUACAAGUGCUGUUUAUUUCCUUCAAUAAAGUUAUCGCUUCAUUAAA